AUGAAGUUGUUGAGGUUUUUUUUUUCUGUUUCAGCUUCCAAGCCGACAUUAAAAUACAAGUUCAUCGGCCAUUUGUUGAAACCCGGUCCGGACGUUUCUCUCAAGUGCAUUGCAUUUGGCACACCAACUCCUCACAUCACCUGGAAGUUCGACGGUAACGACGUCUCUCUAUCGCAGAUGCGAAUAUCGGUUAGUCAGUAUGUGACAGAAAUCGGAGAUGUCGUCAGUCAUUUCAACAUCACCAAAGUCCAAGUGGAAGACGGUGGUCUGUACGAAUGCAUUGUUUCCAAUCGAGCAGGCCAAGUGUCGCAUUCAGCGAAAAUACAAGUUUAUGGUGAUCCGGUGGCCAAGAAAACUCCUAAGAUUAUUGCGCGGGCUGGUCAACAAUUGCAAAUGACCUGUCCAAUAUCUGGAUAUCCAAUUUUCAACAUCAAUUGGGAAAAAGAUAAUAAGAGGUUACCCGGAGGGAAGUUACUGAACAAGAGACACAAGGUGUUUGCCAACGGUUCGAUAGUCAUCGAAAACGUGCAGAAAAAGACCGACCAGGGGACGUACUACUGCGAGGCUAGCAACGAAAAACACGUUGUCCGAGCUUCGGUCGAAGUCGUCGUAAUAGCGCCACCAGAAAUCACUCCGUUUUAUUUCUCCGAGCUGACCGAGGGCUCUAGGGUACAGGUGGCGUGCACGGUGCACCAGGGCGACCUGCCGCUGAACCUGACCUGGUUGAAGGACGGCGGCCCGGUAUACCGUGGUCCGGGCGCGGCCGCCGUCACGCCGUUCAACGCGUACUCGACCAUACUGACCAUGAACAACGUGUCCCGAUCCGACACUGGCGACUAUACGUGCGUCGCCGCCAACCCGGUGCACAGCGCCACUUACACGGCACACCUGAACGUCAACGUACCUCCUGAAUGGAUUAUUGAACCCAAGGACGUUAACGUCGUGCGGGAUGACCAGGCAGAAGUCAACUGUUCCGCUUCAGGACAUCCUAAACCAACUAUAAAAUGGAAAAAGGGAUCCAGUAAGGAUUCCGAUCAGUUUAGUGAAGACGUAACUGAUAACGUGACAUCUGAUGGCACUCUUGUUAUCAGUAAAGUUACGAAGAAACACGAAGGCUACUACGUAUGUGAAGCAAACAAUGAAGUCGGCACACCCAUAAUUUCUAUAAUUCGACUAAACGUACAGGACUUACCACACAUUAUACUUCCGAAUACGAAAUACAUGUCGAUAAACGGCGGUGUGGCAUCCAUGGCAUGCGAGGCGACCGGAGACCAACCGAUACACAUAUCGUGGAUCAAAGGAUCCGUCCAACUGAACUACAAAAGCGCCAAUCUAAGAUAUAAUGUAGAAGAAAUGUACACUGAUACAUCUGUGAAGUCGAAAUUGAUCAUCAGUAAAGUGAGUGCCGCCGACUCGGGAAGGUACGUGUGCGUUGCUGAAAAUUCAUUGGGGAAACACGAGGCGGCCAUGGAAUUAGAAAUUAAAGUUUUAGGAUCUCCGCCGGAUGAUCUAUCGUGCAACGUCACCACUCCUAACAGUGUGAGAUUGCGAUGGACCGACUUGAACUCGAAUAACUUAAUGAACGACUAUGUGCAGGGAUAUGUUCUUACAUAUUCAAAGGUGGUACCAGCGGACGAUUUAAUAAACGAAUACAAUGAAAUUGAAGUUUUUCAUAACGGCGAUGAUGCAACUAUUUCCAAUCUCGAUACUGACACUGAGUACGUAUUUUCCAUCAAAGUGAAUACGAUUCAAGGUCCGGGAAAAUCAAGCAAACCUCUUAUUUGCAGAACUUCAGAAAGUUUACCAGAAGCACCAGCUGGUUUAAAAUCUAUGCUUUUAUCACCAAACAUGGCUCUUAUAUCUUGGAUACCACCUAAACAUCCAAAUGGCCAGAUUCAACAUUUCACUCUUUACGAAAGAGAGAAAAUAAACGGAAUGCAAGGUGCUGUAAAGUCACAGUCAUUUGAACCACACAUCCGACAGAUUCAAUUGUCCAUGUUCAGACACUCUAGCAGCUAUUUGUGGUGGAUAACCGCAACCAAUGGCGUGGGUGAGAGUGACAAGUCACGGACGGCGUCCCUGUCAACAGUUAAAUCUGGCGGAAUGCCCGCAGCCAUUGGAAAUUUCCACGGUAAGAUACAGACCAAAUGGCACGCCAACAUCGAUCUGCCUUGUAUUACAUCCGGUAUUCCGACUCCGAACGUAAAAUGGACCUUCAACAGUCAACCAAUCGACUUAUUGCAGUCUCAACGAUUGGUAUAUGAUAACUUCACGUUGCACUUGGAUUCAGUGACCAGCACAGAUUCCGGCAAUUACACGUGUACGGCAUGGAAUGUUUAUGGGUCCGAAAAUGUUACCACUUCGCUGCUAGUAGUCGAGCCACCGAAACCGCCAAUUCUUGGGAUAGUCAACGUGUCUUGGACAAAUGUCACCGUGAAUUGGACGAAAGCGCCGAACACAUACGCGGUUCAGCAGUAUUUACUUUCGUACAAAUACGUUAAUGAACCGGAAAACAUGUACACUGAAAUUUCUUUACCUUCACAUUCAAAUGUAUUCACGUUACCAAACAUCAAGUGCGGUACAACGAUAGCAUUCAGCAUUUCAGCAAGUAACCGAGUUGGUCACGGAAUGCAAAGCAGACCAUUUAACGUAAAAACAUUACAAGGGAAAACACCAAUUGCACCCACACAAAACGAAGCUAUCGAACAGAUGGUAUCGGGAUUUUUGAUUCAUCUGCAAAAAUGGAACUCCAAGUAUUGUCCAAUCACACAUUUUUCAGUCUACAAAAGACUAACUACUGAAAAAGAAUGGACAACGGUUAACGAAAACAUUACACCAAAUGGAAUUUACUCGAUUGAAACGUUAAAUCCGUCGACUAACUAUAAUAUUUUGGUAAAAUGCUAUAAUUCUGCUGGUAUGACAUCAACAAUGUACACUGCUUCGACCUUAACUAAUUAUGGAGGAAAUUACGACAAAGAAGCUCUAUCGGUGAAUGACAAGAUAAUGCUGACUAUUUACAAUAUAGCUGUAAUGUGGCCACUCGCUGUAGCCUUACUAUUUCUCAUUGUCAUCAGUCUAUCAUUGAUAGUAUGUUAUAAAUACAGGCAUAUGUAUAAAAAGAAUCAACGUCAUCUGGAGGCAAAUAAUAUGAUACUAAAAAAUAAUAGCUGUUCAAAAUCUGAAAUACAUUCGGAUGCAUAUGAAACAUGCACACCAUUCAAAUCAAAGAGUACAAUACUGACCAAUGACGAUUCAAACUACAAUGAAAUAUCACCGUAUGCAACAUUUCAAAUUUCUCCUUCCAAAUCACCAAAACGAAACAAACAAUACUUUUGCACUAACUGCGGAGAAAAUUUGGAAAUAUGCAACUGCAAUAGAAUGGCGGACUACACAAACUUUUUAAGACGUCCAAUACCUAAACGAGUACCAUCUUAUUCAGAAAACAACAAUGAAGAUUCUAAAAGUCAAAGUAGUUCUAUUCAUGAGUUUUAUGAUAUUGAGAGAAACUCAAAAACAUGUGAGCCAAUGAAGAAACCUAAGCGGCGAUUGUUACCUUUACCAGAUUCUAGACGCGGAUCAAAUCAAAGUUCCAGAGAAUGUAGAAGCACAAAUUUACAUGAGACCACAUUCAUGAUGCCUAUACAGCAUCAUGGAACAUAUCCCCAUAAUGAUACCGAUGAAGAAGAUAAUGGAACUAUGAGCUCCGGCCGUGGUUCCAGACCAGUUCCAUAUAGAGUAUGCUAUUAA